UCCUCUAUGGCUGUACCGAAGACGACGUCUGAGCGCGACAAUGCAAGCUUAAUCGCCAAAUGUUAUCUCUAUCCGCACACGGAACGUCUCGAUGGCUCGCUCAGCCUGUUCAUCGCCAUUUGCGCCCUCGUCUUCGUCGUCUUCGUCGUCAUCCUCUCCGUCGCCUCAACCUUCUGGGGAAUCUACAGCGGGACGCGCCUGUGUACUCCGUCUCAGCAGGCGUCUGGCAUCUCCACCGCAGAGUUGCAUCUCUUGCUACUCUUCGCCGACCCUAUUGUGACGCCUCCGCUGCGCUGGCUCCACAUUCGCUCGCCGGCCACCGCCUGCGUCUUCUAAACGAUUCUGGAAAUACUGCGUCCCUAUCCGAUGCCACUCCCUCCCACCAUGAGCCCUAAUCUGACUACAUUCGCCCCUCCACGUACAGUAUCUGUCGAUAAUCUGCGGGGUGCUUGGAGCUAGACGCACGACUUCAAAGUGUUCUCCGAGGUUCACGUCUCCUGUUCAACCAGCUCUGUCCGCCCGUACCCGCAGUUUCGUUGUUGUCCUCAGGCACAACCGCUCGCCGCGUACCGGUACUCGAGCAGAAUGAGGUUGGCCCACGAAGAAGGCUUCGCCAGUGGAGAGUCUCGAGAGGGUGAAGAAGGUCGGAGCUUUCGGGACGGGGGACUAACGUCAGCAGGUGCAAGCGAAGGCGAGCCGCACGCGGAAGAUCAUUGGCUCAAGAUACGCAUACCACGAUUAGCUGCUUGUGUGUAAGGUCUGACAGACAUAUCCAGGGUACGAUGCCUGGACGAGCACCUCGCGUGCAGCACCUAAUGGCGAAGUACAUUGGCAAAGACGCGACGACUGCGUUCUUUCGGCGGUGUAUGCGAUCACUCGAACGCCGCUCACAACGUGAACACGAGGCGGACUCCUUUCUCUGUCGCGCGCGCGAUUCCGCUGAUGCUGUGUUCGUAGGACGAAGCGCAUCGAGAUUCUGCACGGCGGUAUCCAGCAUAGUCUACAGGAGGUGACGAUCUCACUCGCGCGGUGAAACGAGCUUAGCGGGUCGCCGUAGUGCUUGUCGUGCGCGAUGUCGGACAACGAGAACGUGCUCGGCUCGACGCCGUCCCCACUUUUGGUUGCCUUUCAAUAUUGUACCGUCAUCCGUCGCUGAGAUGGCUUUAUAUAAAGACAGCUCAAUAUUAAUACUACAUCCUUCCCUGUAUGAGCAGGCAGU